CAAACUCCGCCCUAUUUGCCAGUCCGAUGCGCGACAAUCCCUCGCUGUCACACGAAAUGGAAUCAUAGACCGUAUGAAUGUAUUGAAUACUCACUCGCGGGUGAAAAUCCGGUGUUUGCUUUUGUUUAUAUUGAUCUGAACGUGAGGCACUUCUAUUUGUUCGCUCUGUUUGGGAGACAACUGCUCGACAAUUCGUGUUUUACCUUUGGAAUUCCGGGCGAUUUUGAGGAGGCGCAGUCCGCCAGAAAUUACGCACCGGACAACAUGAUUUUGAAACAUUUGGAAUUUCUCUUGGUUCUACGAUACUGUAUUAAUUUGGUCGCACUAGAGGUUGCAGCUGGGAAAGCUCUCCCUGAGCCGCUCAACCUGUCAUUGACGUGGGAGUCUGAAUUCCGUAUAAAGCUGUCGUGGAACGCACCAAAGAAUUUAGAUGCAUCAUGCGAGGUGAACUACAUGAUCACUAAAACGAUCGGAGAGGAGAAGCCCGUGUUAACGUCAACUUUCAACUUGUAUAAAGAGUAUAAUGUCACUACGAAUGAUGCAGUGAAUUACACAGUGAAAACAAACCCCAAAAACUGUACAGGCAGAACCAUAAGCAAACCUGUCAGCAUCUCUAAACCUAAACCCACAGAGUUGGUGAAGAACUUCCAGUGUUCCCUCUACUCCUCUAAGGCCAUGAACUGCAGCUGGCUUCCAGUCAAUCAGGCCUCAGACCUCCAGCUCUACUAUGGGUACCUUGGUCCCUCCCACAUAGCAGCAUGCAGUGAGUACCAGUACAGAGAUGGUCAGAGGACAGGAUGUCACCUGAGAGGAUCCUUCCUUCAAUAUGACGUCUACUUCAAGGUCAAUGGGACUCUCAAUGGCUUAUCUGUACAGAAUAACUUCCUGGUGCCUCCUAGAAAUCAUGUCAAGGCCCCGGCCCCUAAGGUGAAGAUCACAGAGGAAGGUAGGAAUCUCAUCCUGAGCUGGGACUAUCCCGACAUAGGCGCUGGCCGCUGCUGGAAUUACAUCUUUAACUACAGCAAGUGUCAACUGCUCGUGGAUAGUAAGGAAAUACAAUUGAAUAGUGUGACGGUUUCAUAUGACCAGACAUGCCAGUACAGAGUCAAGCUUAAAGCAGUCUAUACGAAAUUGUGUGGGGAGGGAGGCAGCGACUGGAGCGAAGAGGAAAUCUAUGGUGUGGAUGAUUGGUCGACGACUGUGUUUGAUGUCGUCAUUCCAGCUGUAGUCUUCUUAUUCCUCAUCCUUUUAAUUAGUUGUUUUAUGAAGCACAGAGAGAAGCUUUUCCCCGCAAUUCCACAUCCCUCACUGAUUUUCAAGGACAUGCUGAACGGCAAUAAGGAACUGAAGAGCUCCAUAGGCAAUCUCUAUGUCCCGGUUGAGGAGGAGGUGGAAUGUAAGAUCAGCCUAGAGAAAGACUAUACUCUUCCCAUGAUGCAGCCUGAACACUGAGAGACUACACACUGACGCAGUAGUGAUUACUACUGUACAGACAGAUACAACUACAACCUGACCCGGUAUGACCUGGGAGCCAAGUGACUUCAGUGUCAUUGACCGGCCCUCAAAGUAAGCUAUCUUAAGGUGGACCCUAACUGUACUGCUGAAGAGUGUCAGGAGUUGGAGCUCUACAGUCGAUGGACGACCUUAACGAGUUGGAUACAGACUGGGAGUAUGUGGACUAUGGACUAUGGAGACGCCUUUUCCUUUGUUUGUCCUGGAACUGUCAGGACUUAUCGACUCACUGACUUCUGUAUUGUUCUGGAUUGCGUGCGUGCGUGCGUGUGUGUGUGCCUGCGUGUGUAGGCAGAUACUAAGAACUGUUCUCACGUACCCCUUGCAACCCAAGGCUUGGGGUCUUAGGUCAAAUGUCAGAGGUUAUCAGAAAGCCAGUGCAGGAAACGAGGAGGGGCUGGACUCCUAAACCUCACUCCCCGACCAAAUAGAACAUUGGUGGGCAGUGCUCGAAGAGAUGGGCAGGCAGCACCACAGUCUUUAUCUGACUGAUCAAUCCUGUUGAUCAUGUAAUGAUUUAGGGGACAAAGAGGUACUUGAAGCUGUGACCCUCUGUGAAAUGAGUGCACUACCUGUGCCAUAAAAGGCCAGACCUCUAGGCAGGGACUUUAGGGCAUUGACAUACAGGUAGUUGUGUCCCAAAUGGCUCCCUAUUCAUUACACGUAUAGUGUGUUACUUUUGUCCAGGGCCCAUAGGGCUCUGGUCAAAAGUAGUGCACUAUGUAGGGAACAGAGUGCCAUUUGGGACGCAGAAUGACUAUCAAGGGCUAUGUGCUGCUAAUGUGAGCUAGAUUGUUGUGACUCUAUUGUUAUCAACCUGCAUUGCUAUUCAAAAGGAUAACUUCCCUGUACGUAAUAGCUAUGUGUAAAUAGGUUGUGCAGGUGUAUCUAUAGUAUGUACAAAUGUUGGUGAAGUAUAUAUUUUGAGUUUUGUGUGUCAAGGAAAUGUUUUGUGCAACACGUAUUUUUAUUUUUUUUGUUACAAAAAAUUUGCAUGCUGUCUUAUGGAACCUUAUUCUUCUGCAUUAAUGAUUAAUUGAUAUCACCACACACACACUCACUCAUUGAGUAUCAUUCAGAUCACACCUCCAUACAUGCAGAGACUCUUCCUUGAUAAGAUCGCCAAGUCCUUUUUAACAACCUGGAAUGAGAAACAGACUUUGUAGAGGACCUGCUGAACACCUUAAACCUGUUAUCUGGUCUGUUCUGAACUAGAGAUGAGUGUAACAUGCUCACGGAUGAACCAAUGGGCAUGUCAAGCAAGGCCUUGUGUACCUGCUAAUCUAUGAUGAGAAUCAAUCCAGAGUGUAGGCGUUGAGAGAAUAAAUCCAUCAACAAAUAACUGAA